GUGAAUGAGCCGGAAGCACCGCGAGCAUUGUACAUAUGCACUUGUUGCUUGCCGAAGGGGCUUCCUGAUUUGCAUCUGCUCUCGAGGUUCCACUUGCUUCACCAUAUAGUGUCAUUGUGUCAGGGUGGUGGUGAUGAGCGUUGCCUACACGUUGUACAUCACACCUCAGUACUGGAGCUCGUGAGUUGACUCCGGACCUGAUCUUCUUCAUCUUGGCAGCCUGGAGUGUGACGGUUUCCCCUUGUCGUCACCUUCACGUAGUCGGUUUUUUCCUGAAGUUGUGAACGGGGACUAGGAGCUCUUGGCACUGGUCUAGCAAACAUCGUAGAUCAAAUGGCGUGGGGAGGAGAGACUGAAAUGAUAUUGGUGUUCAAGAAUGGCCAAUCAAUUUAUAUCUCAGCGGUAAAGCAAUGAAUAUGGAGUGAGAACUCGAGGCUUAAUCCGGAGGGACAUAUAAUAUAAUAAAAUGAGCUAGAUCAGAAGUGAGUCUGCUAAAGACGGCUGCAUUUUCAGAGUACGCACAGGGACAUGGGCGCUCUCCCUCGUCUAUCUGAUGGAGCACUUGGCACUCCACAGAGUGGUUACUGGAAGUCUGGAAUUGUGCCAAGGAAAAAGCACGAGGAUGACGUGAGUCCAAAAUCUGUGAUUACAGACAUCCGCUUCAUUAGUCCAGCAUCCUCCUCAUCUGGCAGCAUGGAUCGACCACUGUCGGAGGCAAUACCAGUCAAACUGCAGCCGACUCGCCAUGACCGAGGUUACUCAAUAUCUGAUGGAGAAUGUAGCGACCAAGAGACGUCGAUAGAAUCUUCUCGUGAGCUUAAUAAGGUUUAUGCUAUCUCUGGAUCAUUGGAGUCAUUGCCGGAGACGCAUUCUUUAACAUUGAAAGCCACAAGAACCAAUAUCUGCAGAGAUGGGAGUUCCAAAGGCAUGCUGUACAAAACAGCUGCAUUGCUUCCUACCAUUGAAGAUAAAUAUCAAGUACAACAUAAGAAAAGACCUUACCAGACGGCCACAUCGAGUUACAAUACUCCGGCGCAUGAUGCCUUGCUCAUUUCUUCUACUGACAUUCACUCCACGUCAGGAAGAUUGCGGUUAAAUUCUCAAAGCGGUCUUUCAUCACAAGACUCUUCGAUCCUAAGCAAGUGCGAUGAGGAGAACAGAGGCAGCUCAACAACUCGUAGCCCUGUUGAUUACCCGGGAACUCCCGUCCGCUUCUUUCCAGUUUGUCAAACGCAGUUGGGAAGUUCCAGGGGAAAUCAUAUCCUUGCUGGAAGCCCCGGCAUUGAGAAGUUCGUCGGAUCACAUAGCCCUGCAAGCUUGGCAGAACAGUUGGGCAGAGGCAUCUCUUUUCAGCACAGGUUUAUGUCGGGCCCUCUUAGUGGUGGCAUUAGUCCCAAACCUCCACCGUCGAAGUGGGACGAUGCAGAGAAAUGGAUUGUCAGUCCUAGUCGUCAUGAGACUGCCUCACCUCAACCUCAGCCUCAUCGAUCUGUGUAUGCUCUCCCAGUAGGUCGAAGGCACUCAAUCAGCGGCCAUUGUCAUAGACCUAACUUUGGAGCAGGCAGCCCUGAAUUUUCAGCUUCGAACGCGGAUGAGAAGCCAUUGGCCCCUUCUUUCGAGAAGACUGAUGAUAGACCUGAGAACCAACCACGCAGUGCUUCCAACAAGAAGCGAGCGAAAGCUCUCUCAUUUGGCGAUCUGUCAAAACGAGUUUUUGACAUUUCUUGUCCCGAUGCAUGCGAAACGUCGAGUAGCCCCUCAAGAUUCGAUGGACGUGUGACACAUAUUGAGGAGUCCUCUAGGAAUAUCUCUCAAGAUAUCAGCUAUGAGACUCCAAACGAUGGAAUGAUAGAGCUCGACAGGAAACAAGAAUCAGCUAAUCAAAUUCCAACGACACAAUUAAGAGGAUGCGGAAUCUCCAAGUGUCUUGAGGAUGGCAGUUCGAAGCCGCCAGGAACUGCAAGAUGCAUAGAUAAGCCUAUGGACAUGGAGAUUUUAAAGCACGCACUGACGGUAUCGAUGGAAGAAACCAACUCCACUGAAUUGCAAGCAUCAUGCACUGCCGACCCUCGUCCAGGGCAAAGCUGGAAUUUCGAUGCACGAACGUCAGCAGCUGGGAGCCAGAAAAACUCAACUUGUGUAACUCCAGCAAUCGCUGCUUCACCCACGCGACACAAUACUCCAGCUCGGUCUAGAAGGCGUCCAGCUUCGCCGGGAUCGACCCUUGCCGGAGCUGGAGCGCUCGAAUUACAGACAUGCCACUUGGCGAAAUUAGAAUUCUGCAAAUUAGGAGAUGAGGAUAGAAAUGUCACUACCUGGAGCACUCGACAAGAGGAAGAUAUGGAGUGCUCUGUCAGCUUAAGGGAUCACGAUUCAGGAGUAUUGGACAGAGAAUUCAUAGAUGAUUAUGCAGCAGCAUGGGAAGAACCAACUAACCAGACGAAACACAACGGAAGGUGCGAAAAGGAGGAGGCCAGAAUCAGAGCAUGGGAGGAGCUCCAAACUUCCAAGGCUGAAGCGGAGAUGCAGAAACUAGAGAUGAAAAUUGAGAAAAUGCGAAUACGCGCUCACGAGAAGCUGACGAACCGAAUAGCUCUCGCAAGGAAGAAGGCCAAGGAAAUGAGAGCCUCUGCUCACACCACAACGCCAAACCAGUCCACCAAAUCCACGCAGCAACCUGAGCACAAUCGUAUCACUGGCCAGAUCCCUUCGAUCACGAAGUCUCCCUUCACGUGCUGCUUCAAGGCGUAGCGGGUGCUCCAAGCUUUUUAUUCACUGCCCCGGCCGUCACGAUACAGACGCAUGGUUUGACACUCCUUGCUGCGUAGCGACAUCGAAUUGUCAUCGCAGAUUUUCCUAUGCGACCUCCACUAUUUUGAAGCUGUAAUCAGCUACAGUCGAUCCCCUUCCUGAAGUGCUGCAGAAUUGCUGCAAAGUUAACCACCCAUCAGAGAAACAUAUCAAACGGCACUCCAAAACACCUGCGAAGACCUGCAAAGGUGCACCUGGAGCAUGAUCCAAGCCUUCGAGACAAAUUGUGGGCAAUCCCGAAAAAUUCAUGGUUGCUUUUUUUGUGUGUGUGGGCCUCUCCCGGCAUAGCUCGCAUCACUGUCAUCCUUCCUCCAUCCCAACUACUACUCCUUGUUGCAAACACUCCAAUUUCGUAAAUAAAAGCUUUUAAAUCCUUCCAUUCUACAUGA